AAAAAAAGGUGAAACAACUUUAUAUUAUUAGAAAAUACACAGCAAAAUCACAGACAAGAAAAUAGAAAGAGAAAAUAACAGAAGAAGCAGAACAAUAAGGAGAAACAAGUUCACACAUAAUCGCGAUUCAUCAUCUUCACGGUCUCUGUUCUUAUUCUUAGGAUAAAUAUCGCAACAAAUAGAAUGUCUCCAUCAAUGAAAUCAAAAUCCAAGUCCAAGGAUAAGGCUUCUGCAAAGGUUGUUAAGGAACAACACAAGACUUCUCCAAAGAAUUCUGGAUCUACUAAUGAUGAGAGUGGCAUUCCUGCUAGUGUGUGUGAUCCUAUCACGGAAACAGUUCAAACUCUAGAAACGUCGUUGGCUGAUUCUUUCGCAAAAAUAAACGAUACAGAUGAUCAUUCUAGUAGUCCUCAGGGAACAGUGUCUGAGUACGAUUCAGUUUCUAAUAACGGAAGCUGUUCUGGUGAAUCAGAAGACACUAAAGAGAAAGCUGCAAGCUCCUCUACGCGGUUGGAUAUUAUACCUGGUUGUGAUAAUGACAGAAGGGAUAAGAUCCGACUGAAAAAUGAGAGGAAGCAUCAAAGGCAGAGGGAAAGGAGAGCUCAUGAAUUGCACGAGCGAUGUGGUAUGUAUCUUAUGUCGAGGAAGCUAGAAAAACUUUCAGAGAAGUUAGUGGCGAUGGGAUUCUCUUCUGAGCGAGCAACACUAGCUUUGAAGUUAAAUGAAGGCAAAUUAGAAGAAUCAAUAUCUUGGUUGUUUGAAGGAAGCGAAGCGAAAGAUAAUACCAAGCUUGCAAGUGAAAGUAAUUUGAAAAUUGACAUAAGUGAAGAGCUUCAACAGAUUUACGCCAUGGAAGUGAAGUACAAUUGUUCAAAGCAAGAAGUUGAAAGAGUGGUUGUUGCCUGUGAAGGUGAUCUUCAAAAGGCAGAUGACACAUUAAAAUCUCAGAAGCAAGAAUCUCCUGUGAAUCAGUCAGAAGAUUCUGCUCAAAAUAAUAGUUUGACGAGAUCUCAUGGAUUACAACCAGCUUCAGUUUCAAUACAGCAGAGAGGGAAUGAAAGUGAUUUCAACUAUUACAAUGUAUGUGGUGCUGAUUCCAUGUUUCAAGAUACUGAAAAUAGGAAUCCACAAUCUUUACACAUGAAUCAUCAAAAUGAACCGACACAGAAAAGAUGGGGUGUUAGUGUUACAGCAUCAAAUCCUUCUAAUAUGUUACAAUCCAUGCAAGCAAUGUCACCAUUUGUUAACAUGGAGGCGCAGCCGAGUGCUGCCUUUAGGAACGAAGGAAGAAUGAUUCAUCAAGGAGUAGGAAGGGAACCGGUAGUCAUGAUGCAGCAUCCUCAAUUUGCCGAUGCCAAACAAAAUUAUCUGAAUUCUAUGAAUGCCGCCAUACCUUCAGCAACAUCUGGUUGGUAUGUAAACAAUGUUCCGGCGUAUGAAAAUACAAGGUUGAAUGGGAAUUUACUACUACAAAAUCACGGUAUGGGGGGAACUGCCGGCACAGAUCGCUUGCAGCAACUUUGUCAAGCUCCCUAUAAAGAAUAUUCCCAUGGAUUUGGGCCGGUAGACUCAUCAAUCUCAUCAGGUGGAAUGGGAGGUUUCUAUAAACCGAUGGCAUCGUCGCCUUCACCUGCAAUGCCUUCUCACUCUCAACAUCAUGGUUCAUGGAACACCGCCGCAUCUUCACCUGCACUUACAGUUCCACCUUCACUUGGAUUAUUUUGUGGUCAUCAGAAUCCAUCGGCCAGAUCAUUCAGCUCACAUUCGCAUGUGGAUUGGAAUACCGGGGGCAUGGUGCAAGAAUUCGACUACAACAAUAUAGAUUGGAGUUUAGAUUGCCCGUCGUCAACCAAAUCAGGUGAUGUUUGGCUAGGGUUCUCAUCGUCAUUGAGAAACAGUGCCGGGAAUAGGAUGGCUAGUUCUUACAUGACAGGAUCGCGAAAUGUCGGCACGGCGAGGGAAACUUCGUCGUCUGCUGGCUUGCGAGAUUGGACCUCGCCUUUUGCUGGGAAGGACAUAUUCAGUGUUCCCAGGAAGAUUGUUACCUUUCCUCCUAUGUAGUUAUGGAAACAUAAAGUGAUGUCUUGAUAUGGUUGUUUCUGGUUUUCAGUGAAAUUCAUCUUUUGAUUUGUGGUUUA